AUGGGAGUCAACACUGUUCAUAUAGAUAUGGCUUCAGAUAAUGUUCUAUCAGAAGUACUAAUAAUAAUCCAAGUAGAAAAGGAAGUGUUUUUGACCUCUCUGGUAGUCUUUGGAGCAGUAGCCCAACACAUGGCGACAGUGGAGAGGAAGGCCACUGAAGCUUUUAGCUUGUGGGGAAGGGGGCACCGAAGCAGGUCAGAUCAACACAUGAGACGGUGUCAAUUGCGCUGCAUACAGAGCACUCUGCUCAAUAAAUUUGCCGGCCGAAGUAGGCCUUCCAUCGCAGCACAUUACCUUUCGUCGGUCAUGGCUUCUCUUCUUCCUGGCUUCAUCGUAUUCUCUUUGCUUGCUGGUGUCCUCCAUGGUCAGCUGUCGCCAUCGUUCUACGCCACCACCUGCCCUAACCUGCAGACCAUCGUGCGGUCGGUGAUGGCCCAGGCCGUCAGCCAAGAGCCGCGUAUGGGUGCGUCCAUUCUCCGCCUCUUCUUCCAUGACUGCUUCGUCAAUGGCUGUGAUGCGUCGAUUCUGCUGGACGACACGGCGAACUUCACAGGCGAGAAGAACGCGGCGCCGAAUGCGAACUCCGUCCGUGGCUACGAAGUCAUCGACGCCAUCAAAACCCGGGUGGAGGCGGCCUGCAACGCCACGGUCUCCUGCGCCGACAUCGUCGCCCUCGCCGCUCGCGACGGCGUAUACCUGCUUGGGGGUCCGACGUGGGCGGUGCCGCUGGGCCGCAGGGACGCGAGGACGGCGAGCCAGGACGCGGCCAACUCCAACCUCCCGGGCCCAUUCUCCAGCCUCGCCACGCUGAUCUCCAUGUUCGACGCCAAGGGCCUGAGCGCGCAGGACAUGACGGCGCUCUCCGGCGCGCACACCAUCGGGAUGGCGCGCUGCGGCCUCUUCCGCUCCCGCAUCUUCAACGACGCCAACGUGAACGCCAGCUUCGCCGCCGAGAGGAAGCUGACCUGCCCGGCGACGGGCGGCGACGGCAACCUGGCCCCCCUCGACGUGGCGACCCCCAACCUGUUCGACAGCAGCUUCUACAGGAACCUGGUGGCGGCGCGGGGCCUACUUCACUCGGACCAGGAGCUCUACAACGGCGGGUCUCAGGACGCACUGGUGCGCAACUACAGCGUCAACGCCACGGCGUUCGCCAGCGACUUCUCGAGCGCGAUGGUGAAGCUGGGAUACCUCAGUCCUCUCACCGGGAAAAAUGGCGAGAUCAGGUUGAACUGCAGAAAGGGCCUCGACAUGCGCGACCUGACCGCGCUCUCCGGCGCUCACACCGUCGGCAGCGCCCGCUGCAGCAACUUCCGCCCCCACGUCUACAACGACAGCAACAUCGACCCGGGCUUCGCGUGGCUCCGGAGGCAGACUUGCCAGGCCGUCGGCGGCGACGCCACGAUGGCCCCGCUGGAUUCCACCAGCCCCACCCGGUUCGACAACAGCUACUUCCAGAACCUGAUGGGCCGGAGGGGGCUGCUGCACUCCGACCAGGAGCUCUUCAACAACGGGCCAGCGGACUGGCUGGUGCAGCUCUACAGCUCCAACGCGACGGCAUUUGCCACGGACUUCGCGGCAUCCAUGGUGAAGAUGGGAAACAUCAGCCCACUGACGGGAUAUCUCGGGGAGAUCAGAUUGAACUGCCGGAGGACGAACUGAAGGAUUCUUUGCAUUCUGCAGUAGUACUAUUUGUGGAUAGAGUUGCUCGGUUCUAUUUGUUCUUUGCUAUCAUUGCUCACCCAUAUAUAUUUGCUACCAUUGUUCGUGAAUCAAGCAAGAAUAGGAAGAGAUCACUCGUAUGAAUAAUCCACCAAGCAAUGCAAGAUGAGUUUCCACUAA